CGCCUCCGCCUGCCCGCCCCCGCCGGCCGAGGUUGGGCUGCGGGAGGCGGCCGGGCGGCCCCUAGCCUCGCCAGGGCGACCAAAACAAAGGCAGCAUCCGGGGCUGGGUGGAUGCAAACAACCAUGAAAGACUGGGUUCUCGCUCUCCCCGGCUCUGCUGCUGCCACUGCCGCUGCCGCUGCUCCUCCUCCUGCUGCCGCCGCCGGGAGGGCUCCGCUGUGAGGGGAAAGCAGGGGCGCAGCUGCUGGGCGUGAAUCCCCGAAAGGUGAGAGCGAGAGAGCGAGCGGAGGGGGCGGGCAGGCCACGAAAAUGUCCUCGACCGUGGGGCCCCGCGGUCCUCGCCCACCCACGGUGCCUCCCCCCAUGCAAGAGCUGCCCGACCUGAGCCACCUGACCGAGGAAGAGAGGAACAUUAUCAUGGCAGUGAUGGACCGGCAGAAGGAAGAGGAGGAAAAAGAAGAAGCCAUGCUCAAGUGUGUUGUCAGGGAUAUGGCGAAGCCUGCUGCCUGCAAAACACCAAGAAAUGCUGAAAACCAGCCCCAACAACCUCCACCGAGAUUGCAUCAACAGUUUGAAAGCUACAAGGAACAAGUAAAAAAAAUAGGGGAAGAAGCGCGGCGUUACCAGGGCGAGCACAAAGAUGAUGCGCCAACUUGUGGAAUUUGCCAUAAGACAAAGUUUGCUGAUGGGUGUGGUCACCUUUGCUCCUACUGCCGCACCAAGUUCUGCGCCCGCUGUGGAGGCCGCGUAUCUCUACGGUCGAACAACGAGGACAAAGUGGUUAUGUGGGUAUGCAAUUUAUGUCGAAAGCAACAAGAAAUCUUAACCAAAUCUGGGGCAUGGUUCUUUGGAAGCGGCCCGCAGCAGCCUAGUCAGGAUGGAACCUUGAGUGAUACAGCUACAGGUGCUGGUUCUGAGGUACCAAGAGAAAAGAAAGCACGACUCCAAGAGCGAUCACGGUCUCAGACUCCCCUGAGCACAGCCACUGCCUCCUCCCUGGACACUGCUCCUCCCAGUGCACCACCAGACAGGAGCAAAGGGGCUGAACCCUCACAACAAGCCAUGGGGCCCGAACAGAAGCAGCCGUCAUCCAGGUCUAGAAGUGAACCUCCAAGAGAGAGGAAGAAGGCUCCAGAGCAGAAUGGCAAAGGAGCCCUGAAGAGCGAGCGGAAACGCGUGCCAAAAACCUCGGUGCAGCCAGGGGAGGGGGCUGUGGAAGAACGGGAACGGAAAGAAAGGCGGGAAAGCCGAAGGCUUGAGAAAGGGAGAUCACAGGACUACCCCGAAGUGCCAGAAAAACGAGAGGAUGGAAAAGCGGCAGAGGAUGAGAAGCAAAGGAAAGAAGAGGAAUACCAGACCAGGUACCGCAGCGACCCGAACCUGGCGCGGUAUCCGGUGAAAGCGCCGCCUGAGGAGCAGCAGAUGCGCAUGCACGCCCGGGUGUCCCGAGCGAGGCACGAGCGGCGCCACAGCGACGUGGCGCUCCCGCGCACCGAGGCGGGAGCCGCGCUACCGGAGAGCAAGGCCGGCAAGCGAGCGCCGGCCGCCGCCAGGGCCUCGCCGCCGGACUCGCCCCGGGCCUACUCGGCCGAGAGGACUGCGGAGGCCAGGGCGCCCGGCGGCAAGCCGCCAAGGAACCACAGCCCGCCGGCGCCCAGGCAUGGGCCGGUCCCCGCAGAAGCCCCUGAGCUCAAAGCCCAGGAGCCCCUCAGGAAGCAGAGCCGCCUGGACCCCAGCUCAGCGGUGCUCAUCAGGAAGGCCAAGCGCGAAAAGGUUGAGACCAUGCUGCGGAACGACUCCCUGAGCUCUGACCAGUCUGAGUCCGUGCGGCCAUCGCCGCCCAAGCCGCAUCGGUCUAAGAGGGGUGGCAAGAAGCGGCAGAUGUCAGUGAGCAGCUCAGAGGAGGAAGGCGUGUCCACUCCCGAGUACACCAGCUGCGAGGACGUAGAGCUAGAGAGCGAGAGCGUCAGCGAGAAAGGUGACUUGGAUUAUUACUGGUUGGAUCCUGCCACAUGGCACAGCCGGGAAACAUCACCUAUUAGUUCGCAUCCUGUAACGUGGCAGCCAUCCAAAGAGGGGGACCGAUUAAUUGGACGUGUUAUUCUUAACAAAAGAACAACCAUGCCCAAAGAAUCGGGUGCAUUACUGGGUCUGAAAGUUGUUGGAGGAAAAAUGACUGACUUAGGACGUCUUGGUGCUUUCAUCACCAAAGUAAAGAAGGGUAGCCUGGCAGAUGUAGUUGGACACCUGAGAGCAGGGGAUGAAGUUCUAGAAUGGAAUGGUAAACCCCUGCCGGGAGCUACAAAUGAAGAAGUUUACAACAUUAUUUUAGAAUCAAAAUCAGAACCUCAAGUUGAAAUUAUUGUUUCAAGGCCUAUUGGUGACAUUCCCCGGAUUCCUGAGAGUUCCCAUCCUCCACUGGAGUCCAGUUCAAGCUCCUUUGAAUCUCAAAAGAUGGAAAGGCCUUCCAUUUCUGUUAUUUCUCCAACAAGUCCUGGAGCCCUGAAAGAUGCCCCACAAGUCUUACCAGGGCAACUUUCUGUGAAGCUGUGGUAUGAUAAAGUGGGACACCAGCUGAUUGUAAAUGUUCUGCAAGCAACAGAUCUACCCUCUAGAGUAGAUGGGCGUCCCAGGAAUCCUUAUGUAAAAAUGUAUUUUCUUCCAGAUAGAAGUGAUAAAAGUAAAAGGAGGACCAAAACAGUAAAGAAAGUACUAGAACCAAAAUGGAAUCAAACUUUUGUCUAUUCACAUGUACAUCGUAGAGAUUUUAGAGAGCGAAUGUUAGAAAUAACUGUGUGGGAUCAACCAAGAGUACAAGAAGAAGAAAGCGAAUUUCUUGGAGAGAUCCUCAUAGAAUUGGAGACAGCACUUUUAGAUGAUGAACCACAUUGGUAUAAACUUCAGACACACGAUGAAUCUUCACUACCUCUGCCUCAGCCAUCACCUUUCAUGCCAAGGCGACACAUUCAUGGAGAAAGCUCUAGCAAGAAGCUUCAAAGAUCUCAGCGAAUCAGUGAUAGUGACAUCUCAGAUUAUGAGGUUGAUGAUGGUAUUGGAGUAGUUCCUCCAGUGGGUUAUAGGUCUAGUGCUAGAGAAAGUAAAUCAACAACAUUAACUGUGCCAGAACAGCAAAGAACAACUCAUCACCGCUCACGUUCAGUAUCUCCUCAUCGCGGCGAUGAUCAGGGAAGGCCGCGUUCACGUUUACCAAAUGUGCCAUUACAGAGGAGCUUAGAUGAAAUUCAUCCAACAAGAAGAUCACGUUCUCCAACCAGACACCAUGAUGCCUCCCGAAGUCCUGCUGAUCACAGAUCCAGAGAUGUGGAUAGUCAGUAUUUAUCAGAACAAGACAGUGAGCUUCUUAUGCUGCCCAGAGCAAAACGAGGACGAAGUGCAGAAUGCCUACAUACUACCAGACAUCUUGUUAGGCACUGUAAAACAUUACCACCCAAGAUGCCUUUAUUACAGAACGGCUCUCACUGGGAUAUCUACAGUGAACUGCAGCCCUCCCUUGACAGGGCUAGGAGUGCUAGUACCAACUGCUUGAGACCAGAUACUAGUUUGCAUUCACCAGAACGAGAAAGGGGUAGAUGGUCCCCCUCCCUAGAUAGGAGACGACCUCCUAGCCCCAGGAUUCAAAUCCAGCAUGCAUCUCCGGAGAAUGACAGGCACUCCAGAAAGUCUGAAAGAUCUAGCAUCCAAAAACAGACUAGGAAAGGCACUGUCUCUGAUGCAGAAAGGGUUCUCCCACCAUGUCUUUCUAGAAGGGGACACGCAGCCCCAAGAGCGACUGAUCAACCAGUCAUUAGGGGAAAACAUCCCGCUCGCUCAAGGUCGAGUGAGCACUCUAGUGUCAGAACACUGUGUUCUAUGCACCACCUUGCCCCUGGAGGGUCGGCGCCACCUUCUCCACUUCUGACAAGAAUGCAUCGACAAGGAAGUCCAACCCAGUCUCCUCCAGCAGACACAUCCUUCAGCAGUCGCAGGGGAAGACAGCUCCCUCAGGUGCCAGUGAGAAGCGGCAGUAUAGAACAAGAACAAGAAAAAUAUAACUCUUCCACAAAAGCAAGCUUAGUAGUGGAGGAGCGAACAAGACAGAUGAAAAUGAAAGUCCAUCGAUUUAAGCAGACAACAGGGUCUGGUUCUAGUCAAGAACUUGAUCGCGAGCAAUAUUCCAAGUAUAACAUACAUAAAGAUCAGUACAGAAGCUGUGAUAACGUCUCUGCCAAAUCAUCAGAUAGUGAUGUCAGUGAUGUGUCCGCCAUUUCCCGAACCAGCAGUGCCUCACGCCUCAGCAGCACAAGCUUUAUGUCAGAGCAAUCUGAGCGCCCCAGGGGUAGAAUCAGUUCAUUUACCCCCAAAAUGCAAGGCAGACGGAUGGGGACUUCAGGAAGAGCCAUCACGAAGAGCACCAGUGUAAGUGGAGAGAUGUACACACUGGAGCAUAAUGACGGCAGCCAGUCAGACACAGCUGUGGGAACCGUUGGAGCAGGUGGGAAGAAGCGGAGAUCCAGCCUGAGUGCCAAAGUGGUUGCCAUAGUGUCUCGGAGAAGUAGAAGCACAUCUCAACUCAGCCAAACAGUUCAUAAUGGAGAUGGGAAUGACUUUUUUUUAACCUAAGAGAGUGGAAUAAGCAAGUAAGUUUACAAACAUUUAAUCUUGUUGUUGAUGUUAGUUAAUGUCAGCCGAUCAAGCACAUGGCUAAAAUCCUAUCAUUAAACAGUAACCGGAUUAGGUUGAAAGUGUGAAAGUAGUGAAGGAAAGGGAAAUUCUAAGGAAAGGCCCUUCAAUCAGAAAUAUUUUGGAAUUGCAUGAGACUUUGGGUAAAGUUUGGUCUGAAGAAUGUACAGGAGAUUUUAGUUUCCAAUAGUUUAGUGACCCAACCUGUGUAUGCAAUAUGAGAACUUCUCCUCUCACUUGCUCACUAAUUGUGUGAUAUUCCACCAGUGGUACUUCUCUCUUUACUAAUAAGUGAAGGCAUUAUUAGGAAGGAUCCACAGAUCUGUGAAGAAUCAUCCCUAAAUUCACUCUUGAAAUUAUGGUAAUAAAUAUUAUAAGAAUGACAAAUAUUCAUGUGUCUAUGUGAAUAAAACUAAUAACAUAUCUAUAUUCCUAGACCUUUCACUUGCACUCUUAAGUUAUGUAUAUGGAUAUGUGCUUGUAAGUUCACUCCCUUAUUGGUCCCAAGAAACUUACGAUUACUAUCCCUACUUUGAAACUGAAGAAAAUAAGACAUAGACACUAGGUAAAUUGGAAAAGGUCCCAUAAUAAGUGAUUGGGUCUGGAUUUAUUCACUGUAUGUGUAGUUUUUUGUUUGUUUUGUUGUCAUUGUUUUGUUUUGGUUUUCAGACUCACCCAGGCUGGCUUCAAAUUGGUAGGUGGGUGCUCAAGCAGUCCUUUCGCCUCAGCCUCCCUAGUAGUGGUAUGCCACCAUGCCUGCCUUGGGCCUGAAUUUAAAUCCCAGAUGCCAGUGCAGGAGCCCAUGCUCUUAACCACUAUGCUAAAAAGUUUCAAAUCAGGUUCAACAAAUAUUUAUCAAACAACUGUAUGGUUAGUAUGUAGUGGGCACCAUGUCAGGCCCAGGAUUAAGAGCUGGGAAUAAAAGGAUGAGUGAAAUACCGUCCCUGCUCCCAAGGGUACACAGUAUAAUAAGGCAAGUCACAUAUAUUAUUCCAGCUCAGGAAAGGGAAUUGUUCAAGUGUCAGAGAGAUGCAGGGGAAGCACAUAAAAGGAGGUGAUUCACUCUCUCAUAUAGUUCUGAAAGACCUUCCUGACGAAAUGAGGCCUAACAAAAACAUAAAUAAAUCAGGAAAAUGACACUGGGAAGUACCUUCCAGGGCACAGGAAAUAACACUCUGAUUAUAUGUUGAAAUUGUUGAGUGAUUACUCCCCUGGGAUAUGGGAAAUAACUCUAUGUGAAUCCUAAAACUAUACGAAAGAUUUCUGUAAUUCUAAUGGCUGCUCCUCCUAUAUACAAAGGAUAGGUCACGUCAGGACAGAUCUUAAAUCAAAUUAACACUGUACAUCCGAGACCAUGAUUUCUGAAAAGGAUUUUUUAGCUUCUAUGAAGAAAAUACCUAUCAGUAUAAAAUAUCAUCAGUUUCAUAAAAUAGAAAUUAUUCAGUUUACUUUAUAUUAUGGAUAAACCAUAACUCUAGUGCUAUACCAGGUAUGCUGAGUAUUCAGAAAACAGAAGCACCAUCAAAUCAUUCACACAUGAGCCACAUAUGAGCCAAAUAACUAAAAUGAGAAAAUGUGAAAUAAAAUGCCAAACAUAAUAAAAUCCAGUGCUGUUUAUGUACAUUUCCAAAGGAAGUUGGAAGACAAUUGAUCAAGGACCUGAGUCUCCCAGGAAGAAGGAACAUAUAGAACUGAUAGAUGAUUGUGCUUUGCCCAAAGGCCAACCAUCUGACCACAAGCUCAUCAUUGCUUAAGUCAUUAUAUCCGAGGAUAUUUUUUGUUAAAUGACUAUUUCUUCUACAUAUUGGCAGGAUUUUGACAAUUAUACUCUGAUUAUGGAAAAGGUUAUAGGACUAAUUUAUAAUUUU